GGGCACCCACUGGCCACGCCCACAGGGGGGCUUGAAAAGGUACCGGCGCUCCCUGCGUCCUGGCUCCCGGACUCCCGCCGCGCUCUCUCCGACUGCUUCUCGCUAGUUCUGCCCGCGGUGCGUGGUCCUGCUUGCGACUCGAGAUGCCCGUCUGGGGAGGUGGCAACAAGUGCGGGGCCUGUGGGAGGACUGUGUACCACGCAGAGGAGGUGCAGUGCGAUGGCCGGAGCUUCCACCGCUGCUGCUUCCUGUGCAUGGUUUGCAGGAAAAAUUUAGAUAGUACAACAGUGGCAAUUCACGAUGACGAGAUCUACUGCAAAUCCUGCUAUGGAAAGAAGUACGGGCCGAAAGGCUACGGGUACGGCCAGGGCGCGGGCACACUCAACAUGGACCGGGGCGAGAGGCUGGGCAUCAAGCCUGAGAGUGUUCAACCUCACAGGCCUACGACAAAUCCAAACACUUCUAAAUUUGCUCAGAAAUAUGGUGGUGCUGAGAAGUGUUCCAGAUGUGGGGAUUCCGUGUACGCUGCCGAGAAGAUCAUUGGAGCUGGAAAGCCCUGGCACAAAAACUGCUUCCGAUGUGCCAAGUGUGGGAAGAGUCUUGAGUCAACAACUCUGACUGAGAAAGAAGGUGAAAUCUAUUGUAAAGGUAAAAUUAACUCCAGUUGUUGGUGUCCAUAUGGGUAUCUCACACUGGCUGUUAGUGAAGGAAAUGUCACUAGCAGGGGAAAAAAAAAAAAAGGACAAAAAGCAGUCUGAAAAUGGGGAAAAGCUGGGAUAGUGCCACUGGGUAUCUGAAAAUAAAAGAUCUAGAGAUGCUUACAGAUGACAGAAAAACCACAGAACAUUUUUGAUGAUGCAGUAAGUUAAGUUCCUAGUCAUUUAAAACUCCCCUACAAAUAAAAACAAACAAUAGUCUUCUUUCAGCUUAAUGUUUUAAGCAAAGCAUAUGAAUAUAUGAAGGUCACAGACAAAUAUAUAACUUGUCUGGCCCGAUUUGCAUACUUGUAACUCAGCUGGGACCACAAGCUGAACACUAGGGAACCAGAAGACUCGGACUCACCUUUGCAGCUUUAACGUAGUUACUACAUGGCACACUUUACACCUUAAAUAAGUUGAACUCUUCUUGGCAUAGCCAACAGCUUUUUCAAUUUACGGAUGUCUGUUGAUACAUCAGUCUUAAGCAAUGCUAGCAAAGCUUAAUGGACUUGCACUAACUCUUCCCUUUUCUUUUGUAGGAUGCUAUGCGAAAAACUUUGGGCCCAAGGGAUUUGGCUAUGGCCAAGGGGCAGGAGCCCUUGUUCAUGCUCAGUAGAGGCGCAAACCCAGAACCCAGAUCACACACUGAGAAACUCCACAUAAUCUAGGCACAGAUAAUCUAACACUAAACUGCUGUGAAAUUCUACCAGUACUUAAGUACUGUAUGUUGCCCUGUACUUGGCUAGGCCAGCUGACUAGUAGGAAGAGAGCACUAUAUCUGCUCGCUUUAUUCAUCAGCAUUUCAAGAACCAUUUCUUUUACGUUUUAAAUAAAACUUCAGCUUAAUUUAGUGUU